AUGAAACCACGUCAAACUUCAAAACGCAGCCUGCAUGAGUGUGUCAUGGAAGCUUCUUGCUCAAAGCCCUGUCCCAUCAAAAGGCUCACGAUCCUCUGGAACCCACAAGGGACAUUCUGCAGCUACCCGUCAAGUCCUACACACAAAACCUUCUUCUCUUCAUUCUACACAGCUAUAUAUUUGAUUCAUGCCCCACAAGCUGCUUUCAAGUUCGUUUGCUUCAAAGUCACAAAACCGAAAGGGUUGAAAACUUGCAUUGCAAAUGAUUGCAAAUGUAGGGUCUCACAUAUUCUGGCACAUGUUCCCUUGGCUCAAACUGCCUGGAGCAACCUUGCCCAGAACCGAUUGUGUUCUUGUUCAAAACCAACAAAGUUGGGCGCGCUCUUGUUUUUGCUGCGAGUUCCCCUUCGUAAACAAGACCCGGCUGGAAAAAGAAUUGGCAGCUUGUCUGCUCGAGACUUCAAAACUGAAAACUCCAACAAGCUUGGAUUGUGGUUCUCGACAGUGUGA